UGUAGAGUCUUGCCGAAGACUUGAACAUUUUUCCGGAUUCCCAUGUCUUAUAUACUCCGGCCCAGUUAUAGGUGUGGUUAGAAUCGUUAUAUACCUGUUUCCCAAUCGCUUACCUUAUUUCUCUCGCCGACCUGGUGCUCCGUUGAAAUCAAACACUCGACCCCUCCGAUGGCCUUAAAAUGGCUUUUCCCAUCAAUGCGGGCGUGUUACACUAUAUGGCCGCCGCUGUCAAUAGUCGGGUGAAAUUUAUGGGCGGGUUAUUAAUUAUACGACCUAUCGUUAUGACGAUAAGUUGGAGGACGGCGGUCAUCAUGCCAUCUGGGUCAGUCUGUGUCGGCUUGACUGCUUUAGUGUGAUGGCAAUAUGUCGUAAAAGAAGAUGAAGUCAUUGGGAAGUCCUUUUCUGACGUACAAGACAUUAAAAUAUUUCGAACAAAUUUUCAAAAGAUUUUUACGCGCGUUUAUAUCAGUUCCGCAUUUUGACAGUUCAAGUCGAGUUUGUUGACCGCAACCUUCGCUCAAAGAGUCAAACGGAAAAUGAGAGCGAUCCAUUUAUGCCAAUUUUUAUCGUACGAAAAUCCCAGUAGUUGGUACAUGUUUAGUCCAAAACCCAUUUAACUGCUUGCUCCGAUUAUUGCAGAGCGGUCAAAUUUUAUACGUAGGAAUAAAAAUGAACGAUGAAACAAAUUUGCAUAAAUGGCACCACGUCGUUUUUCUUUUUUAGUCGAGAGAAUUCCAGUUUUGUCGGCCGACCGGCACAUUCCGCAAGUUUACACGCUAUAGUGUGUGUGUGUGCGAUACAUUCCAGCAAGCUGAUGGUUGCCGGACAUCGGCGGGCAUUGACCGAUACAGUUACUACGCGGAUGUAAAAUAAUUCCUAUCGUUUAGGAAAAACAAGCUUAGCUUUUUCUGGGACUUGAUAGACGAAUCAUUUUUAGCCUUAUUCGCUUUGUCAACUGGAGAUAUCAUGGUGUAUCAAAACUCAGUUAUUCCUUUGCAUCUGAAAGGACAUCAGGGCAAUGUGUAUGAUCUUGAAUGGAACAAGAAUGAAGGCGGAGAGGGUUGGCGUUUACUUUCCUGCGGUGCGGACUGCACUGCUCGAGUUUGGAACGAUUCCAAUGACGUGGUUUUGCCUCAUCCAGCUUACGUGUACAGCGCCCGUUUCGGCGAAUCCGACGACCGUGUAGUCACUGGAUGUUUCGAUCAGCUGAUACGGUUAUGGGAAUUAAAUUCAUCGACACCUCGUCUAAUAAGCACCUAUGUCCAGCACAGGGCACCGAUCAACAGCCUCUGCUGGGACUCCCAUGGAAGAUUAUUUAGCGCAGAUGCGAAAGGUUCCAUUUGUGUCUGGAACUCGACCAUUUCUGGCUUACAUUUUGAAAAGAUCCUCAACGAAUCUAGUGAAGAAUAUCGCAAUGAAACUCCCAUCAACUGCCUCUGCUUUCAUCCUUCUGGAGGCAGAUUACUAGUCCACUACAGAGGAAGUCAGAUGUGUUUGCUCGAGCCAAAGUCUGGUCUUAAAUUGAUUUCGUACAGUGGCAUCUAUAACCCAAGGCUGAGACUGGCAAGUAGCAUCAGUCCGUGCGGUGGUUACGUGAUAUCCGGCAGUGAGGAUGGUUCUGUUCACUGGUUUGAUUUGGAGCGGGGUGAUCUUGUAGCCGUUACAACCUUGGCCACGUCUACAAUUGAUCCCGUCAUGGCGGUCGCUUUCCACCCCACUUGUCACGCCAUAGCCUUGUGUUCAUUGAGCUCGCAAUGUUUUUCAGUUUUAGAAUUUUUAAGCGUUUUCCGUGUAUUCUAGCUACUGUAUUUUCAAUAGCAGUGUUGGCUAUAUAAGAAGUUUUAUUUGUCAUCGUUCCAGGUUACUCAUAUAUUUUCUUACUGGAUUACUGGAAGGAAUGGGAGAGUGGAAGGAGUAGAAGAAGCGUCUGGAGAAUCAGUGGAAAAGCCAUAAUCCGGGAACCAGUUAGAAACGAAUCAUAAAAUGAAAUUAAGGACCACCAGGAGUACCAGGAGCACCAGGAGCACCAGGAAGACCAGGAGGACCAGGAAGACCAGGAGGACCCGCUGCUCCGUCAGCACCUGCUGCUCCGGAUUAUUAUCCUGUUUAUUCACAAUCAGAUUAGGGCUUAUCCACUGUCUCAUUUUCAACUUUUUCUUCCUUGUUGAUUCUGUCAAUAUUUAUUCGUAACCCAAUUUUGUUUUAAAUUUAGAUAAACAGCAUUCCGUUUGGAGAAACUACCGCGAUGUCGGUCGAAUUCUUCUUAAUUUCUUUUAAUCCCCUCUAUCCUUGUGUACACCAGUGCGUGAGUGUAUUCACGAGGACGUCCUUUCUUGUGGAUGCAUAUUUUCCAGGCUUAAAGGUGUUGGAGGUAUAUUGGAGGUAUUCGUUUAUUCAAAUGUGACCACAACUCGAGACAAUUUCCUUAAAUAGAAAAUAGGAUCAACUGUGCGGAGCUGUUUUCCCUUUAUUCGUUUUCUUUUUCCGUCAGCAGGUGACACAUUCCUUUUUACUCUGCUAGGAUUUUCAUUCUUGUUUUCUUUUCUUUUUAAAAGGGCGUUUCCAAGAUGAAUUGGCUGGUUCAACAGGUGAAAUCUAUCGGCAUUCCUGCACCUGUUUACCUCCCACAUGGUCUCGGAACGAUAGGAAUAAGUGUCACGUGAGAGCUGUAGUGAAAACAACACUUGGAUAAGGCAAACUUGUUUGUUCAACAAGCUUCUUCGCCUCGGAGGGUGCGGUGCAACACAAUUCACGCGUAAUCACGUAAUCGAGUGAUCUGGUAUGGAAGCGCGUAAUAAGAUGAAGGAAAUAAAGACGGUAACCAACAAUCUCUUCGCCAACUGGUUUCGACUGCUUCGAGAAGUUAAACGCCAUCAUUUCCAAGACAGAACACUGCAAGAGAUUAUACGUGCAAUCAAGUACAACCAAACAAACCAAAUGGUAGCCUAUAAUGAAAUUCGAAAAAGGAUGCCAAUCUAGCCAAAAAAUCUAUCAACCACCAAUCUGAGAUACAAACCAAACGUGCUGGACAUCACGUAGUUCCUCUCCUGUGGCAAAAUAUGGGGAUGCAUAGAAUCAUCACGUGAGCCAUUACAACUGUCUGCCAUCUCUCUCUCUCUCCCAGCCGAGAGUCUGUGACUAUAAAAGGCAACUGGGAAUGUUAGAGAAGACAUCACUUAGCUGACUGAUACUUCCAGAGCUAAACUCUUCUUAACUCGCAGCAAUGGCUUUCAAACUAGCCCUUCUCUUCGGCGUGAUCGCUUUCGCCAGCGUUUAUGUGUCUGCAACCACGACGACCACCGUCACCACUUCCGUCACCACCGUCUCGGCCGAUGAUGACAGCGAGGGUGGACUCUCGUUGAGCUCUCAUGACCGCAGUGUCAUCCGCAAGACCUGGGACCAGGCCAGGAGAGACGGCGAUGUUCCUCCUCAGAUUCUCUUCCGCUUCAUCAAGGCUCACCCCGAAUACCAGAAGAUGUUCAGCAAGUUCGCCAGCGUUCCCCAAAACGAACUGUUGACCAACGGAAACUUCUUGGCCCAGGCCUACACCAUUUUGGCCGGUUUGAACGUCGCCAUCCAGUCCCUGUCCAGCCAGGAGCUGAUGGCCAGCCAACUCAAUGCUCUCGGUGGAGCCCACAAGCCCCGUGGUGCUACUCCCAUCAUGUUCGAGCAAUUCGGUGCCGUCCUCGAGGAAGUCCUCGCUGAAGAGUUGGGCAGCUCCUUCAACGCUGAGGCCAAGAGCGCCUGGAAGAACGGACUUACCGCUUUGGUUGCCGGCAUCUCCAAGACCCUGAAGAACCCACAAGAUUUGGCUGAUCCCCAGACCAAAUUGUCUGCCCGCCAAGUUCGUGACGUCCAGAGGAGCUGGGAAAACAUCAGAAGUGGCCGCAACGCUAUGGUCUCUUCCAUCAUGAUCAAGCUCUUCAAGGAGACUCCCCGCAUCCAGAAAUACUUCACCAAGUUCGCCAAUGUCCCAGUGGGAUCUUUGAGCGGCGACGCCGAGUACAACAAACAAGUCGCCCUGGUCGCUGACCGUCUGGACACCAUCGUCUCGGCUACCGGCGAUAAACUUCAACUUUUGGGCAACAUCAACUACAUGCGCUACACCCACGCCGCCCGUAGCAUUCCCCGUAGUGCUUGGGAGGACUUUGGCCGUCUUCUGAUGGAGUCUUUGUCUGCCAGCGGUGUCUCCUCUGACGAUUUGGCUUCCUGGAAGGGCGCUUUGGGUGUCCUUGUCAACGGAAUCUCUCCCAAGAAUUAAGACACAUUUUCUUGGGUCCGCAUUCAAGCAAUGACACGGAAUGGAAGAGAAAUCAUUUCCCGCCCAUUUUAUUCAUCGAUGUUCUUUUCUUUUUCAAAUACAAUUAGUUAAGCAAUCCAAAGUUGGCUGUUGAAUUCGCGGAUAGAAAUUGGGUUUACAAAAAAAUUUACAGUCUGAUAAAACUUUUUAUCUGGCUCGGUCUGCUCCAAGGAUGGAGUUGUUGACUAUUCAGCCAAACUGAAUUAAGAAGAAGAAUUAUGUUUUACUUUUAACAAUAAUUUUAGAGUGAACUACCUGACCCAUGGGUAUGCCAUCGUUAUUAUUUUCUUACAGAUUCAAUUCAACCUGAUUUAAUUACUGUCUUCGCUCUUGCCGAUGAGAUUUAUUAACUGGCAGCACCGCUUUCCAGUUUUCAAGCCAGUUCGUCUGCACUCUGCUAAAAUUCACAUUACAGUCAUUCACGUCGGUAGUAGGUUACCUGUAACGAGGAAGUAGUAAGUUUCCUUCUGUGUCACAAUUGACCAAUUGUAAACUUGUGUUUUUCAUGGAUGUGGGUGAUGGUCUCUGGCUUACGCGUGACGGAACAAUAUAUUCAAUUCAAGAAAAUGUGUAAAACAUUUCAGUACUCCCAGAAAGUGAGGAUCGAUGGAUUGUUUCUCCUGCACUGGAGAAAUGGAUAUUCAAUCUCUUAAUGUUGAAAAGGAGUGAGUGCCGUUGUGCCACAAGAAAACUUUUGUUUUAUUUGUAGUUCUCGGGCUCAUGUUAAAUUGGUUCCACAAUAUCACUUACCCAAAAGAAAUGUGGGACUUCAAGUACAGUACAGAAGAACACGAAGUCUGUGACCUCCAGAGAAGCUGGGAAGCCAUCAGUUGAGUUGCCGCAACGCCAUGGUCUCUUCUAUAGUCCUCAUCAAAAAUGCUCUUCAAGGAGACUCCCCGCAUCCAGAAACACCUUAACAAGUUCGCCAGCGUCCCCGUACGAUCUUUAGAUGGAGACGCCGAAUACAACACACAACUCUGCUUGUUGUGUUAUUGUAGGACUUUUGCCGCCUUUUGAUGGAUGCUUUGCCAGCCGAGUGAUAUUUAAUCCAUGUGAUGUUUAAGAUGAACGCCAAUAUGUUCCAUCGGGAUAUUCGGCCACAUCAUCAACAAUCACAAACUAUUCCAAUAUCUAUGCAUCACCUAUUUUAUGUGCCAGUUCCCAUUUCACUGCCUUCACAAAUCAAUCAACUGUAGCCAGUGGAACGUUUGGAUUCAAAAGAAAGAGUUUCUCAGUUGGAAGAUCAAAAGCGGAUGCUGAAACUACAGAAGAAGAUUCAGAAAUUGUAGAUUAGUUUGGAGGAAGCCAAAGCCAAACAGGCUGUUCCUCCCAGUGGAAUUAAGAGCCAGCAGAGCGUCAACGACAAAUCGAUAUCUGCAGCUAUUUUUCACUGGAGCAAGAAGCCGAACUUCGCCGAACUUUGUGUGUUCCUGAAAAGAAUCAUUCUACCUCAUCUUGUGUCUCUUCUAAAAUUCUGAAUGAAAUUGAUCUUCUGCAAGUCCAAUUGAGCAAUGUGAUCCCUCAACCGGAGCUGUCGUUGUCGACCGUCGUCGCAUUGGAAAGAUAACCGACAACUAUCAGGAGUCGAUUGGGCGUGAAGAAUUCGGUCAAGUCUUCAAAGAAACUUGGCAUGGACGUCAAGAAGAUCCUUGGCGUUGCAGCACAAUCGUCGAGGCUUGAUCGUUCGCCAAGAUGAUUCAACGAGAGGUUGAAGCCCUUUCAGCUGUUCAGCACCGUAAUAUUAUUGGACUGCUAGAUCUUCGCAUGGAAAACGAAUCGAGUGAUGGUGAAGCAUCGAUUAGAGUCUCGCUUAUCUUUGAAUUCGCCAACGGAGGGACUCUUUUCGACUGUCUUUUCGGUGGCCAAGCAUAAAACAGCAAAUUCAAAUUAGACGUGAAUCAAAUGAUGCUGAUCGCUCGCCAUCUCACCGCGAGACUCUCCAUCUACUGCAUUCCACUCAGCAGAAGCCGGGCGGUUCAGUUAUGGUCCACCGUGACGUAAAAUCCGCCAAUGUUUUACUGCAACUGGAUGACGAAGGAAGAGACCGGGAAGAGUCGUACGAGCUGUUUUGGCCGAUUUUGGUUUGGCACGUUUUCAUUCGGAUCUCAACGAAAGUGGGGCUCUGGUCUAGCAGCCAGUUCCAUGACAGCCUUGGUAGGUUACCCACGGCUAUGUCGAUCCUUUGUAUGCGGAGAGUUCAACCUACAGACGGGCCGGCCAGUUUGCAUGUCCUUCAACGCUUGAAGGUCGCGGGGAAUAUUACGUUAAACUCUCAAUGCGGUGUUGUAGAGGUUGGGUGAGAACUGGACGUGUUGCAUCAUUAUCAAGCAGACCCAUCCCCAGCAACGUCAACCUAAAGAAGGAAAGGCCAGUUUGCAUUUUCUUUACGCUCGAAGGUCACGGAGAUCUUAAAGUAAACGUGUCAUGCGACGGCGAAGAGGUUGGGUGAGGACGACACGUGUUGCAUCAUUAUCAAGCAGACCCUUCCCCAGCAACGUCAACCUAAAGAAGGAAAGGCAAGUUUGCAUUUUCUUCAAUUUCGAAGGUCACGGAGAUACCAUUACGUUAAACGUGUCAUGUGGAGUAGAGGUUGGGUGAGAAUGGGAAGUGUUCCAUCAUUAUCAAGCAGGAGAAAAAUGGCCAAAGAAAUCAGUCGAGUGAUCAUCUCCGACACUGCAAUAGCAACUGCAGUGCACUAUUGAUCAUCAAUUAAUUCUUCACUGUGUAAUCAGUUCGUAAUCAUGGUUAAUUAUGGCGUUGUGCUGCUGUUGGGUCGACCACGAGUGUACCGAUGUCUCCUGGAUACGGUGGCCCCGAGUUACUUCACCAAAGCGCCUGAGUACUACACUGAGGCUCCCAAGUACUACACCAUCAAAGCUCCAGAGUAUUACACUGCAAUCUACGCUGCCCCAGCUUACACCACCAAGGGACCGGAGUACUGCACCACAACCUACGCUGCUCCAGUUCACUACACCGCCCCGAGACACAACCACAUCUGAGGCAGCCAGUAUUACUGCACAGCGGCUGCUUCUUAGUAACAACCUACGUUACACCUAGAUGCUACACCGAAGCCCACAAGUACUGCACCGGCAAGGCCGAAUAUUACAUAACCACGUUUGCUGCCCCAGCUACCCUGCUACACCGAGAAACCCAAGUAUUUCUCUGCUUCAAGCAACUAUCGAACAGAGGCUCCUGUUGACUACACCACCCAUGCCCCGGGGUUUUACAGUACAACCUACGCUGCCCCAUCUACACCACCAAGGCUCCAAAGUGCUACACAACCAAGGCACCCGAGCUACUACUUAGGCUGCUCCGACUUUCUGCACCGAAGCUGCGAAAUAUUCCACUGCCCCGAGUUACUACACCAUCAAGGCUGUUUCAAUGUUACAUCACAACCUACGCUUCUCCAGUUUACUACAUAAUGGUGAAGCCAGAAAUGGAAACAGGUGACGGAGAUUAUGUCGUAAAAUGUGCCAUGUAGUGGUGUAGAGGUUGGGCAAGAACGGGACGUGUUUCAUCAUUAUCAAAAAGGUAGAAUUGCUGAAAGGCUUGAGUUGAGAGGUAAAUUGGGGUUAGAAAAAGUCGUAUAAAAGGAGAGGAAGGUGAUAGAGAUUAGUCUAGUGAGCAUCUCCGACCCGGCAACAACUGCUUUCUUCCAAUUCUCAAUCAUGGUUAAUUUAUAGUCUAGUGCUGUUUGGUGUAUCGUUGAUGGUCGAGUCGUCCACUGGUGUACCGGUGUCCCCUGGGUGUGGCAGAUACCAAACCGCAAUGCUACCGUCUACCACACAACAAACAUACGCAACCAGUUACUACACCUAAAAGGCCGUAUGUUACACAAGGACGUAUGCUACACCAGUUUACUACACCGUGGAAUUCAAGUAUUACUCUUCCCCGAACAAAUACCAAACAGAGGCUCUUGUUUACUACACUACCAUCGCCCUCGAGUGUUACACUAAAACCUACGCUGCCCCCAACUACUACACUGUAGCUCCGAAGUGCUACACAUCAAUGCACAACCAAUUCGCAAUUGUUUAUUUUUACGUCGUGCUGCUGUUGGUUGUUCUAUCGUUGCUAACGUGUUGACCACUGUACCGAACUCCACCGACUUUGGG